CUUAUGUAGUCAGCAAAACCAUCCUCCAUUUUACAAGCAAUGGCAUCCUCAUAUAUGUCAAUUACGCAAACAAUGUUUUCAUCUAAACUAUGUUCAGGGAUAAAUAGCUUUAGCUCAUGCUCAAUUUACACGAAGAAUUCUCGCGUGUCAAUUCGAAAGGGUUCUACCAAUACGAGUUUUCAUCUGGAUCUAUCACACUCACAUCGAAGCACUUUGAAGCAUUACACAAGGGUAAGAAAAUCGGAAUCAGAUUGGGAAGAGAGCAUAGAUGAAGAGAAAUCAGAUCAGGAAGAGAGCGAAGAUGAAGAGAAUGACGAUAAGAAGGAAGACUAUCGAGCGAAGGAGACAAUUCUAAAACUAUACACUGAUAUCAAGGACCGAAACAUCAUGGAGAAAGACUAUCGGGCGGAGGAGACAGUUCUAAAACUAUAUUCCGAUAUCAAGGACCGAAACAUCGAAGGAAUUUCAGAAGUUAUUGGAGAUGAAUGCCAAUUCUUUUCCAACUUUUUAUCUAAGUAUCGACUCUUGCAAGGGAAGAAGCAAGUUAUGGCUUUCUUCUACUGGUUGAUCAUGAAGCUGGGAAAGGAUAUCAAGAUUAUUGUUAAACCAACGUUCAAAGAUGGCAUGACCGUUGGAGUUCAAUGGCAACUCGAAUGUGACAAGUCACACAUCCAAUUGGGGAAGGGAUUCAGUUUCCACAUUUGCCAUAUGUACCAGGGAAAGCUAUUGAUAAAGAAUGUGGAGAUGUUCAUGGAACCAAUUUUCCACAUAGAGCACCUAAGACUAAGAACUAUGGCGUUUGCAGUGAGUAUUGCUGAGAAGAUAGUCACUUUCUUGAGACAAGCAGAAAACACAAGGAGACAAGCAAUGGCACUCCUGCUACUUGUUCUUCUGCUGCUUGCUGCAGCCGCUUUCUACGUCACACGUCUGAGAUUCUGA